AAGGGGAAAACCCUAGGAAGUAAAUUGCGUCCUGUGCGACUGCGUGGUGCUCUGAGACUUGGAUUCCAUUCGCUGCAUGCAAUGGCGACUGCGAGAACUGUGAAGGACGUCUCACCUCACGAGUUCGUGAAGGCCUACGCCGCUCAUCUCAAGAGAUCAGGCAAGAUAGAGCUACCUCACUGGACUGACAUUGUGAAGACUGGUGUGUUAAAGGAGCUUGCUCCCUAUGACCCAGAUUGGUAUUAUAUUAGAGCUGCUUCUAUGGCAAGAAAAAUAUACUUGAGGCAGGGUCUUGGUGUUGGUGCCUUUAGGAGGAUUUAUGGUGGGAGUAAGAGGAAUGGAAGUCGGCCACCUCAUUUCUGCAAGAGCAGUGGGGCUGUUGCACGUCACAUCCUUCAAGAGUUGCAGAAGAUGAACAUCAUUGAUAUUGACCCAAAGGGUGGGAGACGGAUUACGUCCAGUGGCCAACGAGAUCUUGACCAAGUUGCAGGGCGUAUUGUGGUUGCUCCUUGAUUGAUAAGUCAGUGACCUUUGCUACAUAUCAGAUUUUGAUAAUCACUAGGUUUUUAUUUAUUUUGUUUUUAAAGAGAUGUUGCUGCAUACUAUUUUCUUCCAGAACAAUUUUUUGUGUCCCUCUGCCCGUGAACAUGUUUCAAUUCUAUUUUUUUGGCCAAUGAUGUUCUGAGUUAUUGCUACGCUGUCAUGUGAGAUUUCUGUUACUUGGAAGUUGUCCGCAAACAUCGUUAUUAAUUAUUAGCAAAUUUUUUAUUUGUGCUA